UUCCUUUUUCUUUCCGCCCCUCCGCUCCGGUCGAUCCGCUCCGCUGUCUCUCCCCGAGAAACCCUAAACCCCGUAACCCUCGCCGCCGGUGAUCGCUGGUCCCCUGCGUCGGCCGCCAUGUUCGGGACCCCCAACUCUCCUUCCCUCUUCGGGACGCCCUCUUCUACGCCCUCUUUCGGAACUCACUCCACUACCCCUGCCUUCGGCACCCCUUCCUCCACGCCGGCAUUUGGCGCGCCGUCGUCCACCCCGGCCUUCGGAGUCCCUUCAUCCACCCCUGCCUUCGGCGCACCCUCCUCUACGCCGUCGUUUUGGACGCCCACUUCGAGCCCGACGUUUGGCACGCCAUCGUCGACCCCGGCGUUCGGAGCGCCGCCGUCGUCAUCGCCGUCACCCUUUGGGUUCCAGCAGCAGGUGACUCCGUCCCCUUCGCCUUUUGGUUUCGGCGGCGGGGCUGGCGGGCAGAUUACCACCCAGAUGGCCCCAGUUGCGCCGCUGCCGCUCUCGCCCUCCGACCGCGACAUUCAGGCUAUGGUGGAUGCGUACAAGGAGGACCCAGGCAACCCUCGCUAUGCUUUUAGGCAUCUAUUGUUUAGCGUGACAGAUCCUUCACAAAGGGUGAAGCCUGUAGCAGCAUCUGAUAUCAUGUGGGCAGAGGCGAUGGGUAAGCUUGAGUGCAUGGAUAGUGCGGACAGGGAGAGGCUAUGGCCUCAACUUGUGCAGGGGUUUAAAGAUCUCUCCUGCCGGCUUAAGCUCCAAGAUGAAGUUCUUGUUUCAGAUACUGAAAGAUUGAGCAUGACCCACUCCAAUGUUAAGAAGCUGCAAAGACAUUUCCAAGCUGACACAUAUCCCUGGAUCCAACGGUUGAAGCAUCAAGAGCUUGUUAUUGAGAGGCGCCUCCUAAGGAUCAUGAGAAUAGUGGAGGCUUUGGAAAACCGGGGUUUCCGUGUUCCGUUAAUGAAAGAGGAAGCCGAUUUAUAUGAAAGAUUGGUUGCUAUAAUAAAGCAGAUAAAAGGAACCGGCGGUGAUCUAUCGAAGAGAGCUUAUAAUCUUCUUUCAACCUCACGUGUUCUUGCAAGCGCCGGCUGCGCUAGUGGUCCCAUCUAUAUUCCGAGUUCAACCAAAGUCGAUAAGCAGAAUGUUACCGAGCUUCUUGAGGCAUUGCAACAGCAGACCGAAGCAGUUGCGAAGUUAGGCAACGUAUUAAAAAGGGAUACCAGGGACGUGGAAAUUGUACUUUCGGAAGACACGGAUAUGGAAGAAGACAGUUCCGAGAGAAGGGCAUUUAAGAUGUAAAACUGAAGCAUGGUCUCCAUUUUAGGUACCUAUAAGCAGAGGAAGAUCCGUCUUAUCAUCAAGGGCCGGAGCCUCCAGCCGAUGGGAUUGUGUUGUCUGGAGUCUAGAUGAACUUUGAUCUUAACUGUUGCUGUCGUCAAGCCAAAAUGUGAAAUCAAUUUGAGCAUCUGUCUUAACCAUGCUCCUCGGAUAGUUGAGAGAAUUCCUCACUUGGCGCUUUCUUGAAUUUGCUUUCCUAUUCUGCUGCCCAAAAUAAGAAUUUCUUCCCUAUUUGACACUAAGUGCAAAUUUUCUUCCUAUGUGACACUUUUCGUCCAUUUUGACAAGUGAAGGUCUCAGGUGACAUGAAAAGACCAUUUUUCCCA